GCCGAACCCAGAAGCCGCUGACCCCUUUCCCGCCGCACGGAUCCAAAACCCUAGCCCCGCCUCGGCGUUUCUCCCCUCCCGGCGACGGCGAGGCGGCGGAGAUGAUGCAGCAGCAGCAACAACAGCUGCCACCUCCGCCGCAGCACCCGCCGCCCCAGGCUGGCGGCGGCGGUGGGGACUUCUACCGCGGCCCGCCGAUGCGGCAGCUGUCCGCGGCGUCUUCCACCAAUCUCCCGCCUGACUACGCCGCACACCCGGGCCCCCCGCCACAGCAGCAGCAUCAGCCUCCUUACGACGCUUAUGGUGACAGUUUUGGUGCUAAAAGGAUGCGGAAGCCUGUCCAGCGACGAACAGUGGACUACACAAGCAGUAUUGUCCGUCAUGUUCAGGCUCGCAUGUGGCAGCGGGACGCUAGGGAUAGAUUCACAUUGCAGCCAACUCCAGCUGCUGUCCUGGAUAUGUUACCGUCUGUUGCAUAUCCAGACAAUCCCUCCACAAGUUUUGCUGCCAAAUUUGUACAUUCAUCAAUCAAUAAGAACCGGUGCUCUAUUAAUCGUGUUUUGUGGACCACUACAGGCCGUCGACUUAUCACUGGAUCACAAAGUGGUGAAUUUACGCUAUGGAAUGGGCAAUCUUUUAACUUUGAAAUGAUCCUUCAGGCUCAUGAUCUACCUGUGAGAUCAAUGGUUUGGAGUCACAAUGAAAACUGGAUGGUGACAGGCGAUGAUGGUGGUGCAAUCAAGUAUUGGCAAAGUAACAUGAACAAUGUCAAAGUGAAUAAAACAGCUCAUGGAGAAUCGGUUCGUGGUUUAAGUUUCUCCAGAACCGACUUGAAGUUCUGCUCCUGCUCCGAUGACAGAACCGUGAAGGUUUGGGACUUCGCAAGAUGCCAAGAGGAAAAAUCAUUAACUGGCCACGGUUGGGAUGUUAAAACUGUUGAUUGGCAUCCUACAAAGUCUUUACUGGUUUCAGGUGGCAAAGACUAUCUUGUGAAACUUUGGGAUGCAAAAAGUGGCAGAGAGCUGAGCUCAUUCCAUGGUCAUAAAAAUAUUGUGCAUUGUGUGAAGUGGAAUCAGAAUGGGAACUGGGUACUGACUGCCUCAAAGGAUCAGAUUAUUAAGCUGUAUGAUAUUAGAUCCAUGAAAGAGCUGCAAUCCUUCCGUGGGCACACUAAGGACGUCACUGCAUUGGCGUGGCAUCCAUUUCAUGAAGAGUAUUUUGUUAGUGGGAGCUUUGAUGGAGCUAUAUUUCAUUGGUUGGUCGGCCAUGAAGCUCCACAGGUUGAAAUAAGUAACGCACAUGACAGUAGUGUCUGGGAUCUUUCGUGGCAUCCUGUUGGCUAUCUACUUUGCAGUGGGGGCAAUGAUCAUGCUACAAAGUUCUGGUGUAGAAACAGGCCGGGUGAUCUUACCCGCGAUAGAUACAACAGUGGCCAGAUGCAAGGUUAUGGUGACCAACAACCUUUUGGUGCUCGUGGAAUGGGUGGAUUCCAGAUGCCUGAACCUCCAAUAACGCCUGGACCAUUUGCUCCUGGAUUGUCACGCACUGAAGGUACAAUCCCUGGCAUUGGGGUUGCAAUGACCUUGGCAGGCCAGUCUCUUGAUGGAUCUGAUGGAGAGCAGAGGCCAUCUAUUCCGGGUCUUCCACCUGGGCAACCCCCACUGCCACCAGGUCCUCAUCCAUCACUUCUUGGGCAGCAGCAACAGUAUCAACAGAUGCCUCAGCAGCAACAUCCCCAGUUUUCUCGGCCACCACCUACAAACAUGCCCCAACUGCAGCCACCAGCUCACAUGCUUUCACAUUCACAAGGAUCUCGGCCUACUCUUCCCCAGCUUCCACCAAUGGGUGGACCAUCAGUGCCAUCACAAGUGAACCCACCGCUUCCGCCUAUGCCUCACCCAACGGCAAUGCAAGGUUCACAGAGUCAGAUGAUGCCCCAAAUGCCACAGCACAUGAUGGGCCUAAAUCAGAUGCAUCCUGGUUCUGUGCCUCCUGGUACUGUACCCCCAAUGGGUGGGUUCCCAAGUGGGAUGGGAAACAUCCAAGGAGCAUCAGGUUCGUCUGGCAUACAAAAUUUUCCUAUGGGUGGCAUGUAUAAUCGACCUCAGGGACAAAUGGCUCCACAAGGACAAAUGACAUCCAUUCCCGGUCUAAGCUCUUACCAGGGAAUGGGCAAUGUUGGCCUCACACCGCCCCCGCCGCCACCACAGCAUCCGCCGCCUCGAGGAGGCUCGGCACACCAGUGACCUGGAGCAAAACAAAGAUUAUACGGAACCUAGAGUUUUCCGUGACACUGAAUUUGUAACAUGUAAUCCAUCUGGAGCAAUAUCAGCAUGUCGAGACUCUCCCGCAAAUUCGAAGGGAUUUCUGCCCGAUUUUUGCUCAGGCAGCUAGGAUUUCGCUAUCUCGUGCUGUGAUUUAGAACUGGGAGGUCUUCUGUUCAGUGCCUUAUUUAUACUGUAAUUCGAAUUGUGUAUUUACUUGUCGGCUGCUUGAAUGUGGAACAGAGAAUUCUUUGGCGCAGUAAUGAGAAACA